AUGGAGCACAACAGGAGUGGGCUGUGGGGCAGGGGAUCCUCUUUCAAAGGCCUGGAGGAGUCGGUGGUGCUGCCCAUCUUCUCGGUGGCUGCUCAGGUCCGGGUGGGGCUGACGCUGCUGUUGUGCGUGAUCUCGGCCACCUGCAACGUGGCCAUGCUGUGGACCGGCUGGAGCAGGCCAGCAGCCAAGGGCUCUCACGCACGUCUGCUGCUGCUGCACCUGGCAGUGGCAGACCUGCUGGUGGCCUUGGUGGUGAUGCCACUAGACGCCGCCUGGAACAUCACGCUGCAGUGGCAGGCUGGGGAUGUGGCCUGCCGGCUUCUCAUGUUCCUCAAGCUGCUGGCCAUGUAUGCCUCGGCCUUUGUCACCACUCUCAUCAGCCUGGACUGCCAAGCGGCCAUCUUGCAGCCCCUGGCCACUGCCCGGGCUUGGCGCAAGAACCAGAUCCUGCUCUACGCGGCCUGGCUGAUGAGCGCCAGCCUCUCCGCUCCUCAGUUGUUCCUGUUCCACACAGUCACCAUCAGCUCCCCCCAGAACUUCACCCAGUGCACAACCCACGGCUCCUUUGCCCAGCACUGGCACGAGGUGGCCUACAACAUGUUCGGCUUCCUAGGCCUUUUCCUGCUCCCACUGCUGGUCAUGAGCGCUUGCUACACCCGAGUGCUGCUGGAGAUUUCAAGGCACCUCAGCUCCUGCAACAGCUGGUCUGCACAAGAGACGUCCCUGCGCCGCUCGCGCAACCCCAUCCCGAGGGCGCGUCUCCGCCUGCUGCACCUCAGCCUGGCCAUUGUCGGCUCCUUUGUCCUCUGCUGGACCCCUUACUACUUGCUGGGCCUGUGGUACUGGUUCUGGCCAGCAGACAUGGAAGGGACAGUGAGUCCCUCACUGGCACACAUCCUCUUCCUCUUUGGUUUGCUCAACGCCUGCCUGGACCCCAUCACUUACCGCCUCUUUGCUGGGGGCUGGCAGGCCCUGGAUCGUCACACAGCAUGA